GUCUUGGUGAGGUCGUGGCCGCGCUCACACACUCACCACCACCACCACCACCACCACCACACCUCCCUUGCACACCCCCACAGGAACCUCGCUGUGAUGGCCGCCACAGCACACGCACUCACACACGCACAUGUCUAGACGCAGAUAGUUGAAGUAUAGAAGGUAAAGGAGCCACGCAGACCUACACACAAAAACGCACACACCAGGACCUCUCGUGUACGUUUUUCUGAAAGACGCACACAAACCAAUUGGUCUCGUGUGUGUAUCUGCAGCUGGUGUGUGCGUGUGUGCGUGUGUGUACGUACGGGGUCAAGAUGGCGUGUGCUGGUGUGUGUACGACAGCUACGGUGCUUCUGAUCACGGUCCUGGUGGCGCUGCUGGUAAUUCCUGGGUCCCGCGGUCUUCGAUGCUACCAGUGCGGGGCGUUACGAGAGGGGAUGUCCACUGUGAACCCGUGUUUUGGCAUCAAGGUGGAGGACAACAGGGAGUGUAGCGCGGAGCAAAAGUUCUGUAAGCGAUACAGCAACGAGGGAGUGCUGGUGCUGGCCUGCGAGGAGAACUGCGUAGAGAGUCACAGCCAGACAACAGACAUCACCUGUUGCGACACUGACGGUUGUAAUGGAGGUGGGAUCACAGCGCCAUCUGCCCUCCUGCUGGCUCUCCCCGCCCUUGUGACAGUGACUGGCCUCCUCCUCACGCCUAUGCCACGCUAGCAACCCCGCCCCAAGCCAUAAACCGCCACCUUACGAACGCUCUCUCGUUUUUAUUUCUGGUUCAAUUGUCUCUUUCUACUUAAGUGUCUCAAUGUGUCUCCGUCUCUCUCGUUUUCUGUUUUCCUUCGUUUUUUUCGGUCUCUCUUCGCCUUUUCUUCCUGAUAGUGGAGGAAAUGGAAUAGAAUUUUUUUUUUCAUCUUUCUCUUCCUUAAACGUCGCAAGUACUAUUUUAGGGAAAGGAAGGAAGAGGUAUACUAACGUUACAGUCUCCUUCGCCUCCUCUCCCUUCCUUUAAGACCUUAACGAGAGUCCUUUAAGAAUCCUGCAAUGUAAAGAGGGAUGUAAGGACACUCUUGCCUCGCCCUGCUUCCUUGCUUUCUUCCUUCUCUCCUUCCUCCCGUUACGCUGCACCUCCCCUGGUCUUCCUUCCCUACCCCUUCCCCCCCUGCCCCCUUCAGCAUGACGCUCAUAAUGUUUUGCUCAGGUCCUUCCCGUUUUCUUUAAGGAGAUGCUCUCCUGUUUCAAGUUGUACUCUUAAUGUGCCAAAGACCACUAUUCAUCUCUCUCUCUCUCUCUCUCUCUCUCUCUCUCUCUCUCUCUCUCUCUCUCUCUCUCUCUCUCUCUCUUCAUCUGCCACGAGAGAGAUGUUCAUCAUUUUAAUGCAAGGAUGAGUUUUCCUUUCACUAAUAACAAAUAUUUCUUUAGUGCAAAAUUAGGAGUUUUAUUUCAGAGAAAAAAAGUUAUGCUGAUUUUUUUAAAGAAGAAUAUCCAGUUUUCUAAUGCAAUAAUACCAGUUUUCUUUCAUUCAAAAACCACAAUUAUCUUUUUUUUUCAUUUCGAGAAAAGAAUGUAGCUUUUAAUGUAAAAAUUCGGCUUUUUUCACAAAGCAAAUUUUUUUUUCCUGAUUCUUAAAAGAGGAAUGUCCAGCUACUUAAAAUAGGAAAGGAAUCUGCAUUUUUCCUUCACUCAAAACGAAAUGUACCACCACGUCCUUUCCAAUUCUGCAAAAAGAGAAUAACAUUAUUAAGGACCGAAUUUGUGUCUAUCAGCAUAAAACAAAACAAACACUUCAUUCACUUCCUUCACCAAAAAUUUCAGUUACAAUGAAAGUCUGCGUUCCUUCAAUAGAAAAUGAAACCCGCGCACGUUCUCUCCAUCGUCGUCAGGAGAAAAUAUUCAACUUACAAGAGAAACUUUCCUUGAACGAAAAACGGAGUCCACGCACAUUGCCUUCCAACGAGAUUAUUCAGUUCCUUAAGGCACGAGUUUGGUUUUCUUUCAGUGGUGAAGUAAAUCAUUUAACUAUUCUAAUGGGUGGCUUUCUUUCCUCAAACAGAAAAUGGAGUUCACGUAUUUGAUCUUUCUAUAAAAUCUAAAGGAUUAUUUUAUUCUUUCAAUAGUAACAAUUUCAAUAUUUUCUUUAUCAUCUGGAUGAGAAUUCAAAUUUUUACUAUUGCUACAUGUAAGAGAACUUGCACAUUUUGUGUUAUUUCUAUAGCAACUAAUACUUCACUUAUUAUUGAUUAAACAAGUCAAAUCCUUCGUUAUUUGUAAAGCAACAGAAACAUUUCUUGUAUCAUCUAUAACACAACUCGAAUAUUUCCUUCAUUAUUUUGUAAGGUAACUCCACUAUAUAUUUCAUCAUCUCAAACUCAACUCCACUAUUUCCUUUACCACUCACCAGACGAGAGUGAAAGCCUCUGCGAGACAACUAUAAAACUCAAGCAUCUCUUUUACUACUCGUAAGGCAGCUCAGUGAUUUACUCCAUUACCCGUAACUCAACACAAGCACUCCCUUUACCACUCACCAGAACACGAGUGAAGGCCCAAGUAGUGAAUGACGCCGGGCGAGUCGUGCGUCAAGGCGUGAGGGACAGCCAGCCCAGUAUUAGUAGUGCUAGUAGCGAGGCGAGUCAGGCCCUGCUAAACGCUCCCUGUACAUACUAAGUAGGCGUCAGUCACGAGGCUCGUGGAUACUUUUCAAAGCAACGCGAAGCACCCGAGGCUUUUGUAGAUAGUGGUUCGAAGCUCCAUGUUCAUUGUUAUUCUAAGCGAGACUCGAGACACGAGACACGAGACAGUAUUGAGACACGCACGACCUGAUCUGACCUGAUUUCGCCCGACCUGGCCUAGAAACAAUGCCCAUCUCGACCGAGGUUACCACUGGCUUCUUAACUUGGCCUGAAGGAAAAGUGCUCCGUUUCUACAACCUUGGAAUGCACUUGGCUGUUGUGAACGAUUAGACAGGAAAGUUUUGAAAGAACAAUUCAUAAUAGUAGUAGUAGCAGUAGCAGCAGUAGUCUAUUUCCUAAAAAUAAAGAAUAAUAUAGUAUAGUAACAAUAUGAAAACUAGUAAUAGCACAUAAUACGCAAAAGUAAGCCUCCUUUAAGUUAGCAUUGACCUGACGUGACCUGACGCCGUGACCCGUGACCCGUGGAGCGAUGACCUGACCUGUGACAUCCCAGCUUUAGACAGUCGCUGCUCCGUGUCAGUCGGAGCCUCAAAGUUCUCUACAGGUAACUAGUGUAGCGAGGGUACCUGGCGGUGAGCGUGAGGCUGCCUGUGGCCCUUUGCCUCCUCCUCCUCCUCCUCCUCCUCCUCCUGUAACAUCUCUUUUUUUUUUCGUCCUCAAUUCUGUUAUUUUCUUCUUUUCUUCUUACUCCUUUGCUUUUAUUUUUCGUUCUUUCUUGUAUUCGUUUGUAUUUCUUUGUAUUUCUCCUUCUCCUGUAACAUCUCUUUAUUUCGUCCUUAAUUCACUUAUUUUCUUCUAUUUUACUCCUUCAACUGCCUUUUCUCUCCUUUGUUCUUUCUUGUUCUCUUCCUCUUCUUUGUUUUCCUUUUCUUUGUUCUCUCUUCCUCUUCUCCUUCGAUCAC